AUGUCCACGCACGGGCCAUACAUACUUAAUUUGUUUCACAGAAGCAAGUACGUGAUAGAGAAUGGUGUAGUGAACACAUUUGAGAACAAGCCGGACGACACUCUUGUUAUUGAUAGUAGGUUGUUAUAUGAUGAGUUGCUUGGUUUGAUUUGUGUGGCGUUCGGUUGGAAUCUUGAAAUAGCUAGGAAACUCCACAUUUCGUUAAUCUUUGUGACUCACGGUGUUAGGCGCGCCAUGAAGAUAAAGAAUGAUUCACAUGUUGGGAAUAUCUACCACCUCGAGCUAAUGACAAGUGUGGAAUUGUACAUAGACACGGAGGAUAUUACUAACCAAGAAGAUGGAAACAAUCAUUAUGGUGGAUCUUUCUUUGCACAAGAAGAUCACAUGGAUGAGGGUGAACAAGAUGGUCCAACGCAAAAACAAGCAAGUACUUCACGGGUUUAUGAAAAAGUUGGUGGAAGUUUAUUUGCCGUCGAUGAUCCCAUGGAUGAGAGUCAUUCCGACUACGUAGCUGCAAGCGAAAGCUCAGAAGAACGCGAUCCUAGUGAUGAUGAAGAUUUGGUGAAUGAAGAAAUGGAACUAAAUCCAUUUCCCUGGCGCCAUGUGUAUAAGGAAAUGGCCACUGCCGCUGUUCCCCUGUCACCGCCGGUCCUUCCUCCAUCCACUGCCGCCGCAACUGCCGCUGUUUUGGUCUUCCACUGCUGCAAAUUGAGGACUCCACUGCCACCGCCGGUCAAGUCCACUCCACCGGCGCUUCCCGUCGUCCUCCCCGCUCUCCACCACGUCCGCCGCCGUAGCAACUACAAAGCGGGUCGAAUUGUGGGAAAUACACUUAAGAUUUCCGUUAUAGAGACAGCGGCGCUCCAUUCAUUCCCUGAAGACCGUCGUGACGCCGAUGACCUAGACAUCGACCUCGAAAAGGUGCUCGAUGAGAUCGUGGAUCAAACUCACGCGGUCUUAACUCUUGGCAAAGAUGCUGAAAUGGAUAUUGCGGAUAGCCAAAUCCUCAAGGAUUUUCAACCUUCUCGACCCAAACCACCUCUCUGGGCUGAAACAAUGAAACCGUGGCCGAAAGACAAAAUUGGAAGAGGAAGAAAGCGAAAGAUGGGAAAUCCAUUCAGGCCUUCUCAAUCGCAUUAUCACGCGGAAAGUUCGAGCCACCCCGAACAAGAGAAUGUGAGAGGAGGGGAGGAUGUGGGAGGAGAGAAUGUGGGAGGAGGGGAGGAUGUUAGAGGAGAGAAUGUGCGAGGAGGAGAGGAUGGUGGAGGAGAGGAUGUGGGAGGAGGGGAGGAUGUUGGUUCUUCUCUCGGAUCUCACUCCCUACACGAAAAAGAUCCACUCCUCACCAUUACACUAGGAGACCCCUCGCAAGUUCUAAACGUGGUGCCACUUGAGACUAUUAGGCCAUUACCGGAGGAACUAAUUGUUCGCAAAUCCGACAGGGAUGACUACUUGGAAGAGUUUCGUGGCUGCCUUGGACCCUCGGUUCUCUCCUCUUUGCAACACGCUGAUCUUGAUUUUAUGGAGGGGAAUGAUUUAUUGGUUUGGCAAAAUACUCCGCGGGGGGAGUUUACGGUGAAGUCUGCCUAUGAAGUCCUUAGAAGCCGCCGAGCUACUGAGCCCCUUCUAAAAAAUAUUUGGCAUAGGAAGGUACCAUCUCAUAUAUCCUUCUUCUUGUGGAAGUUGCGUAAUGGUUUGCUUCCUUUCCCUGAAGUAUUGAAUACCCUUCGUAUUGGAGUCAAUCCAUCUAUAUGUGGGUUUUGCAUGCAAGAUGCUGAGAGUAUGGGACAUUGUUUUUAUCAAUGUAUUUUUGCCACAAGAAUUUGGACGCAUUUUUCUCAUAUUAUGAAUGUUGAUACAAGGGGGUCUUCUAGUCUUCGUUGUGUUCUGAGGAGAUGGUGGAAAAAUGGUUCUUUUGAUGUGGCGAAAGGGGUCCUAUACAAGGUUUUCCCCAUUUUUAUUCUUUGGGAGCUAUGGAAGGCCCAAAACAAGUUCUUCUUUGAAGGUACUUCUCCAAAUCUUGAUGCCGUUACUCGCUUAGUUUUAUCUAAUGUGAGAGAUGUGUUGAUUGCUCAUGAACUCAAGGUUAGUGGUGAGGCUGAAAAUGGCUUUAUUCACACAAUUUUUGGAUUGCACUUAACACUUUCACCUAGAAGGAGAUCUCGACUGGUGACAUGGAUACCCCCAAGUGAGAAUUCUUUUGUUCUAAAUUGCGAUGGUUCCGCAUAUUUAGAAGGUGCUGGAUAUAGUUUUGUUAUAAGGGGAGACGGGGGUGUUUUUGUAUAUGGAGAGUGUGGCUAUCUUGGAGAUACUGAUAGUUAUUCUUCGGAGAUCUGUGGAGUAUUAUUUGGACUACGGAAGUACGAGUUACUUCAACUCUCUAAUGUAGUAGUUCAGACUGAUAACAAGGUUCUUGCUGAUGCUCUGGCUGGCCAAGUUGGGUUUCCUUGGAGGCAUUUUCUGAAGCUUGUUGAGAUGAAGAGUAUCUUGAAGAGAAGGAGAUAUUCUAUUAUUCAUAUUUACAGAGAAGGCAAUUCUGUUGCAGACUUCUUAGCAAAGAUGGUGUCAAUGGGAGAAUUUAAACUUUUCGAAACUUUCAGUUCCCUUCCUAGCUUUGUAAAAGGACUAAUGGUUUUAGACCAAAAGUCUUUUCCUUAUCUACGAAAAUGA